AUGCUCUGUGUGGGUAUUUUUGUGGGUUUGGUUUUAGAGUCCUGGUCUUUACCUGUGCAGAAUUCCUCAGCAAUUCACCAUGCAAAGCUGAGGCCAAAGAGGGGAUAUUCAGAGCAAUAUGUGGAGCCAGAGGAGAUGAAUGCAAUGGACAAGAUUCUCAGAGCAAAUAAAAUUGUUUUUCUUUCACCAGUGACAAGAGGGGAUUUUUUCAGAGAGGGUGACAUACUUAGUUCAGGUGCACAUAGAUCGGCUAUCACAUGUGCAGCAGGAGAUACUUGCCUCUGGCCAAAAUCUGUUGACGGUUUUGUGUAUGUGCCUUACAUCAUCUCACAUCUUUAUGAUGAUAUGGAUAGAAUCACUAUAGAAACUGGAAUGUUAGACAUUUCCUCUAAAACCUGUGUGAAGUUUGUACCUCGCACACAUCAAGCAGACUUCCUCAACAUCCAGUCAAGAUCUGGCUGCUGGUCAUAUCUGGGAAUGAUAAGCGGGAGUCAGAUUUUGUCUUUGCAGUCUCCAGGCUGUAUGUGGUCAGGGGUGGCAUCUCAUGAACUAAUGCAUGCUUUGGGUUUUGUACACGAGCAGUCCCGCUCUGAUCGUGACCGCUACGUCACAAUCCUGUGGGAAAACAUUAUAGAGAAUCAAAGGCACAAUUUUAGGAAGUAUGAGACCAAUAACCUCAAUACUUUAUAUGACUACAGCUCUGUAAUGCACUAUGGGAGGUAUGCAUUCUCAGAGGAUGGGGGACCCACCAUCAUCCCUAAACCAGACCCUUACAUUCCUAUUGGCCAGCGAGAUGGACCAAGUCCUCUGGACAUUCAUAAAAUAAAUGUCCUGUAUAACUGUGGUAGGACUAAAUUUUAA